ACUUUCGAUCCAUGGAUCGCCGCCGGCAGCCAGAGCGGGGAGCUGACGCCUCCCCUGGACCGCCUUUCUCGACCCCUUCUCACUUAUUUCGCGACGUCUCCAAUCUGAAAACACCCAAGCCAAGCUCAAGAAAUCCUAACCCUAAUCAUAAUCUCGCCUCUCCUUCCCCGCUUUUCUUUACCGCUUCCAAGAAAACGCCAUAUUUAUCUUACUCCACUUCCACGUCAUUCACGCCGCACUCCACAUUCCAGCACCGCACAUCUUCAAAUACGGCCACCGUUUCGCGUUCAAAAACGGCUCAGCGGCUGAAGGCACUCGAGCUUGAGCAGUCCCAGUCGUCCCGGAAGGCGCAGGUCCGAUGUAGGAAGACAUUGGAAAGCUUUGCGAGGUCCCUAGCGGCCUGGCUUAACUUCCUGCUGCAGAACCCCAAGGACUGUGGCUGUAAGGUUGGAGCUUGGGCGGCUGAUGGUCAGCCAUUGGGUUCGUUUUCAAAAGGAAAGGGGAAACGUGAGAGCUUGGAUGGUGGGAUUGUUGAAAUUGGAAGAAAGUGGAGAAGCCCGAAACGUCAGCGGGUCCAAACUCAUGCGGGAAUUGAUGUCAACGUGUCCAUGGUGGAACCAAUGACUUUGCUGAAAAAGUCGCUUUGCAAGGUAUGCAGCUUAGAUGACAUGUUGGAGAGGAUGACGUCUCACAUGAGCUCGAAAAGCUGCAAUGAAGUUUUGUUGAUGAUGACCCAGGUUUGCAAGAAUAUUGAUGAAGGGAGAUUGAAGAUGAAACCACAUUGUCCGCUAGUUACUGAUCUAGCUGUCAGAGACAAGGCAAUCAAAGUACUUAUGAGCUAUAAUCCUUUGUGGAUGCAGAUUGGGUUUCAUAUUCUUUUUGGAGGUGACUCUUUAUUGCUUAAUAAUGGAGAUCAAGAUGAACACUUUCUCAAAGAAUUCACAGAGAAACACUUUCUUGCUCAUGCGGGUAUUGCUAGAACACAUGCUUUGAAUAAGUUGGUUGGCGGCCUUUACAGGCCUGGUUAUUAUGAGGCUUUAGGAAGUGUAAUUUUGAAAAGAUUCUUGUUACUUGCAAUUGCCCUUGAUAAAGCAAAAUGUGAGAGUAGCCUUCCUAUUAAACAUGGAAUUGAUAGCAUAGAUGGUGGCUCUCCGCUUUUAUUCACUCGUCAGUCCUAUAUUAAAUCAAGCCGGCAAAUUAUUCAUGAGUUCUUGAUGGAUUCAAUGCAUGGAGAAGGUGAUCUUCUUGCCCAUCUUGCGACCUUGGGAUGUAAGGUCAAUUAUAAACAGUCCUCGCUUUGUGAAUGUGAAUUCACAGUAAAAAACAUAUUUGAAGAUCUUCAGGAUGGCAUAUUGCUGUGUAGAGUGGUUCAUCUUUUACAGUGCAAUGAAACAAUACUCUCAAAAGUAGUCUCUCCAUCUGAUACCCCUAAAAAAAAAUUACAAAAUUGUACUACAGCAAUGCAGUAUCUCAAUGAUUCUGGUGUCCCGAUGUCUGAUUCAGAUGGUGUUAGGGUUACUGCAGCAGAUAUUGCCAAUGGAGAUAAGGAGCUUACAUGUUCCAUUCUGUGGAACGUGUUUGUCCACUUGCAGGUACCAUUGCUCAUCAACAGAACUUCAUUGCUCAAGGAGAUUGCAAAGAUCAAGGGAUCUGAUGCGGAACACUUGAAGUACAAUUCUAUUAAUGAAAUGAACCUGCUUCUUCACUGGAUCCAGGAAGUUUGUGUUACACAAAACAUUGAAGUCCAUAGCUUUUCUUCUCUAACUGAUGGGAGGGCUUUGACCUGUUUGGUCAAAUUUUAUUUUGGAAAUGACAUCUAUAAGCUACUUUUUGAAAAGGAAAAUGAGGAUGAGUACAAUGAUGAGAGGAUUAGGCGUUUUGAUUGCCUCCCUCCUCUUCUUGGCAUUGCUUUUGUCCAAAUUGUGACUGCGAUGCUGAGAAACUCUCCUGAGGUAUUGCAUCCAUGUGAAAUAUUCGAUGAGGAUCCUUAUUUUGAUGAACGAAGUGCAUUGAUUCUUUUUGUUUUCCUCGCAUCACAAUUAAUAAACGCUGAUAAAUUGGAUAUAGUGAAUUCAUUUAGAUUUUCACAGCAAGCCUGUCAGAGCUCAAUGCCUAGACGCUCAUCAAUUUCUCGGCUGUUGCAUUUGCAAAGUGAUUCUUCAAGAUCUAGAAAUAAUUUGACAGAGUUGUUUUUUCCACAUAAUAAAGAAGAUUUUGGCACAUAUUCACCUGAAGCGAUCAUUCAUAAGGUUAAACACAUUCAAAUACGAUGGCGUGGUUUGAUAGAAAGAAGAAAAUACCUUCAGCUGAAAUCUGCCGCGUCAAUUUUACAAGCAUUUGUUCGUUGCAAUUUGGCCAAAAGGCGUAUAUUAGGUGCUUCUAACCUUCGAUUUAGCAUGGUACAUAGAAGAUCUUAUGAUGUAAUUAAUGAUGGUUUUAUAAACAACUUUGAGUUGAGAAUACUCAUUGGAUCCGUUAUAAAACUGCAAAGAUGGUGGAAGCGAAUAUUAUUGCGAAAGUCCAGGAUGCAUGCGGUCAUCUCAAUUCAAUCUUUUGUUCGUGGCUGGCUUGCAAGAAGGGCUGCCGCUAAGAGAAUGCAAAACAUUUAUAUGAUUCAAAGAUUAUGGAGAAAUAUCUAUCUUAACAGAUUGAAGAAGAGUUCUGUUCUUGCUAUUCAGUCUUGUAUUCGUGGUUGGAUUACUCGUGAGACUUCUGCUAAAAAAAAGUGUUGUAUUCUCAAGAUCCAGAGAUGGUGGAGAAAUAUCUUAUAUCGCAAAACAUCUGCGUUAAUUAUUCAGGCUUAUGUUCGUGGCUGGAUAGCUCGACAGAAAGCUGCUCGAAACAAACAUGAUAUUGUAUUAAUUCAAUCUUGUUGGAAGGGCUAUCUAGCAAGAAAACAUUCCAGGCCUCAGCUGCUUAACCUUCGACGUAGAAUGAAGCUUUCUGCUACUAAUGUGAACGAUGAAAUGCGACUAAUUAAUAGAUUAAUCGUUGCGCUUUCAGAGCUGCUUGGGCACAAAAGUAUAAGUAAUAUCCGGCACACUUGUGCUACUCUUGACACAGCAACUGAACUUUCUCAGAAAUGUUGUGAAACAUUGGUGGAUGCUGGUGCUAUUGACAUUUUACUAAAGCAAAUUCAGCUGCUCAACCGAGGGAUUCCAGAUCAAGAGGUUUUGAAGCAUGUGCUCUCCACUCUAAGAAAUAUCGCUCGCCAUAAACAUCUUUCUCAGAUUCUGAUCAAUACUCCUCGAUCUAUCGAGAUAAUCUUUCAAGAAAUGUUGAGGAACAAAAGUGAAGGAUUUUUAAUAAGUUGCCAACUCUUGAAGAGAGUCUGCACAACUGAAGAAGGCCUUCAAGCUGUCCGCAAGCUCCGAGGCCAUGUAAAGAGGCUUAAUAAUGUUGCAUUGGGACUCGAAAGAAAAGCCAAGUUUCUUGAGAGGAAUGCUCGCCUAAAUCACCAAAGGAAUCUUACUGUGAGAAGGCUCAGAGAAGCUAUCAGCCUAAUGUCGUUGAUUGUGGAAGAUUAGUGGUGAGUACCUGAUGUUAGAUGUAACAUAAGAAAUAUGAUUUUCUACUGACAAGCAAGUAUUGUAAAUUUUUGUAAUGCUAACCAAAUUUGUGCCAAGAUGCCCUA